AUGAGUAAAAAAUAUAAAGACAUAAGGGCAAACUUUGUUUUUGAAGUUGCUCCUAAAAGUACUCACUAAUCAAGCGAUGAAUAGGCUAUGACAAUAAAACAAUCAGACCCAAUAAAAAUUGAUAAUCAGGAAUAGGAUGUGCAGGGAAUGAGUUAAUAACGAUAAUAAAAUUUUGAUGAGGAAAAGUUGAAAUCGUAUUAGAAAAUGUUUGAAAUGUGUCAACAAUUAUAUAAUGACAAAGCUUAAUUAAUAGAUUCGAUUAAUAAUAGAAAUAAAUAUUAGAACUAGAGAGACAAAUUAAUGGAUAUGAGAAUUUGCAAGCAAAUUAUGAAAAGGAAGGAAUAAUAACAAUAUAUUUAAGAGAUUGAAACAUUGACAUGUCAGUUAUAAGUAGUGAUGGACUAAAGAUAGGAUAUAAAUUAGAUAUAAAAUAAUUAGGAUGAGACCUAUGAAUAAUUAAUGAAUUUCAUCUAUAAGGAAAAUCUUUCUGAGUUGAUAAAUGAUUUGGAUAAAAAAUAUGUAAAUUGUUGUUUUGAUGGUUUAGUUAAUUAACUAAUAUAAAUCUACUAGAUCCAUAUUUAAGACAAUAUUUAAAUAAUUUAUGAUUUAUAAAGUAAAAUUUAAGACCUUACUUAUAAUCCUUUCAGAAUAACUACUCCUAAGAGUGUAUUAAGCGACACUUUAAAAUAGAGUAAGAUGAGCAAUAGUGCAAGCAAUUUCCAUAAAACUAGUAGUAAUAAUAAUGUUGACAAGGAGGAAUUGUAACAAAAGAUUGCUUCUUUAAAGCGUUAAGGAAAGCAGAUAAAUUAAAAAUGGCAAGAGUUUUGUGAAAAUAUUCUAAGAGAAAGGAAUGAAGUAAUAAAAUACCACAAGAAAUAAAUUGAAUCAAUUAAUGAGUAGAAUAUUGAAUUAAAGAAGACUAUCUCUGAAAUUAUACAAUAUUUGGGAUAGAAUUAAUAAGACUUAUGGAUUCAAAUGUUAGAUAUUAAAUAAAAAAUACAAUUUAAGGUUAUUGAUUUGAGUAGAAGCGACAAUGUCAAUAAACUAUUGGUGGAAGCUGAACUUAAACAAUUAUUCUCAAUAUAGGCGUAAUUAAGAAGUCAAUUAAAUCGUAAUAGACCGUUAAGAAAAGAUUUAUAAUGA